GAGAAGAGACUCAAUGUUCAACAGGAUGGAGAGGAUUAUUUUCCUCCGUUAGUCUGUCCAUCCCUGCGAGCCUCUGUCGCCUGGCCCCUCCCACCCUGCGGCUCGGCCAUCGAAGGACGAUCAGAGAUAAGACCCCUCCUAUCCCGGACCAGGUGUUAGGAGGGCCAGAUAGACUGAGAGCAGAGUGGAGUCUGCCUGGCUUCAUAUCUAUGUUCCUCCCUGAGUUCCCUCACAGAGCUGUACCAGGACACCAACACUUCCAGGUGUUGGGAUAUAUCGCCAAAGGAUCCUUUGGUCCCAUUCUGAAGGUGAAGGACAAGGCCAAGCAGAAAACCUACGCUGUCAAGGUAAUCCCUAAGUCAGAGAUCCUGAGGCUGGGCGUUCUGGAACAGUCUAAAGAAGAAGUUAUAGUACAGCGUCAGGUGCGUCACCCGUUCGUCCACGACCUUCAGGACUGCUGGCAGACACAGAGACACCUCUACAUUAUGUGUGAGUACUGCAGUACCGGGGACCUGUAUACAUACUGGGUGAUGAUUGGCCAGUUCAGCGAGGACGCUGUCAGGGUGUUUGCUGCAGAGUUAGGCUGCGCUCUCGGGUUCCUCCAUGAUGUUGGAAUCAUACACAGGGAUGUGAAGAUGGAGAACAUUCUGCUCACAGAUCAAGGCCACCUCCGUCUGGCUGACUUUGGUUUGUCUCGUCGUCUGGAGAGAGGAGGAAGAGCCUUCACUAUCUGUGGGACCAUCCAGUACAUGGCCCCUGAAGUUCUGAGUGGGGGACCCUACAGCCAUGCAGCUGAUUGGUGGUCGCUGGGAAUCCUCCUCUUCUCAUUGGUCACUGGGAAGUUCCCAGUCCUGCCUGAACCAGACCACUACAGUAUGUUGAGGAGAGUGAGGUGUUUCCCCUACGACAUUCCCCUCAGCUUCAGCCCCCCACUGGCUCUACUCAUCACUGAGCUGCUGUGUAAGACACCGACGCGGCGGCUGCGGACCCUGGAUCGUUUCAAACGGCAGACCUUUUUCCACGGCGCGACCUUUGACCUGGCGUUACUACAGCGACGACCCGUGGAGGUCAUCUUGGCACUGCGGGAGCGUCCUGACCGGCCGGCCAAGGCCCGACGAGGACUGACCCUCUCUCUGCAGCCGUUAAGAGGCUUCGACUACGACACCCUGCUCAGCCCUGCAGGGACGCCUGACACACACCUGGACGACCCCGAUACACACCUGGACGACCCCGAUACACACCUGGACGACCCCGAUACACACCUGGACGACCCCGAUACACACCUGGACGACCCCGAUACACACCUGGACGACCCCGACACACACCUGGACGACCCCGAUACACACCUGGACGACCCCGAUACACACCUGGACGACCCCGAUACACACCUGGACGACCCCGAUACACACACACACUUACACACACCGCUACCUGGUCCGGGCUGCCAGAAUCACCUUGUACACACACACUCUUCCAUGCCCAGCGCCACACGCUCUUCCAUGCCCAGCUCCACACGCUCUUCCAUGCCCAGCUCCACACACUCUUCCAUGCCCAGCUCCACACGCUCUUCCAUGCCCAGCUCCACACACUCUUCCAUGCCCAGCUCCACACGCUCUUCCAUGCCCAGCUCCACACGCUCUUCCAUGCCCAGCUCCACACGCUCAUCACGCCCACUCCACACACUCUUCCAUGCCCAGCUCCACACACUCUUCCAUGCCCAGCUCCACACGCUCUUCCAUGCCCAGCUCCACACGCUCUUCCAUUCCCAGCUCCACACGCUCUUCCACGCCCAGCUCCACACGCUCUUCCAUGCCCAGCUCCACACGCUCUUCCAUACCCAGCUCCACACACUCUUCCAAGCCCAGCUCCACACACUCUUCCAUGCCCAGCUCCACACACUCUUCCAAGCCCAGCGCCACACACUCUUCCAUGCCCAGCUCCACACACCCUCGCAGGCCUCCGACACAUGGGAAGAAGGAGAUGUUUCCGCCUCUCUCAUGGACUACAUCACAUCUCGGGAUGCGAACCGUUGCUCCAUCACCUCCAUGGUGUAG